GGUGACGUCACACGGCCGUUACGGCGCUCGGGCGUCUUGGCGCGCGCGGUUUAAAACCAGAUCCGGAGACGCUGAAGGCAAGAUGGGACCUCCCUGCCCAGAGACCCGUGGACACCCUCACAGUGCCUCCUCACCUUCGGAACGGGUGUUCUCAAUGCCUCUGCCCAAGAAGGCCCCUCUCAAUACUCCUGGCACCCCAGUCCUUGAAGACUUUCCUCAGAAUGACGACGAAAAGGAGAGAUUGCAGCGGAGGCGCUCCAAGGUCUUUGACCUGCAGUUCAGCGCAGACUCGCCUCAUUUGUUAGCCUCCCCCUCCAGUAGAAGUAUUGAUGUUUCAGCUACUAUCCCUAAGUUUACGAACACACAGAUUACAGAACAUUACUCCACCUGUAUCAAACUAUCCACUGAAAAUAAAAUCACAACCAAGAAUGCUUUUGGUUUGCACUUGAUUGAUUUUAUGUCAGAGAUUCUUAAACAGAAGGACACAGAACCAACCAACUUUAAAGUGGCUGCUGGUACUCUGGAUGCCAGCACCAAGAUCUAUGCUGUGCGUGUAGAUGCCGUCCAUGCUGACGUAUACAGAGUCCUUGGAGGGCUAGGCAAAGAUGCACCAUCUCCGGAAGAAGUAGAGGGCUAUGAUGCAGAGGGAAGUGCUACUGAAACAGGAACAACCAAAAAGCCUCCAAAGCCAAAGAAGAAGCAUUUAUACAAAACCAUUGAGCAGAAUAUAAACAACCUCAAUGUCUCUGAAGCAGAUCGAAAGUGUGAGAUUGAUCCCAUGUUUCAGAAGACUGCAGCUUCAUUUGAUGAGUGUAGCACAGCAGGGGUAUUUCUCUCUACCCUCCACUGCCAUGACUAUACAAGUGAACUGCUUUUUCCUUCUGAUGUCAAGACUCUCCCCGCUGGAGAACCUCUUGAGGUGCCAGAUUUAGGUUGGGUAGAAAUGACAGAUUUAAAAGUGCCCUUGCAGCAGUGUGCGGAAGAUCGCCAGAUCUGCCCUUCCCUGGCCGGAUUCCAGUUUACUAAAUGGGAUAGUGAGACACAUAAUGAGUCUGUGUCGGCCCUGGUAGACAAGUUUAAGAAGAAUGACCAGGUAUUUGACAUCAAUGCCGAGGUUGAGGAGAGUGACUGUGGGGACUUCCCCAAUGGGCCCCUGGAGGACGACUUUGAUGCCAACGAUGAACCUGACCACCCUGCAGCUGGGGAUCACGAGGAGUUCAGGAGCUGGAAGGAGCCCUCCCAGGUUCAAAGCUGCCAGGAAGAAACGAUUUCUCUUGGAGAUGGAGAUAUUAGGACCAUGUGCCCUCUUCUCUCCAUGAAACCUGGAGAAUAUUCCUAUUUCAGUCCCCGGACCAUGUCGAUGUGGGCUGGCCCGGAUCACUGGCGCUUCAGGCCUCGACGCAAACAAGAUGCUCCCUCCCAAUCGGAGAACAGAAAAAGGAGUACAAAGAAAGAUUUUGAAAUUGACUUUGAAGAUGAUAUUGACUUUGAUGUAUAUUUUCGAAAAACAAAGGCUGCUAUUAUUCUGGCCAAGUCCACCUUGGAGAACCAGAAUUGGAAGGCCACCACUCUUCCUACAGAUUUCCACUAUGAUGUCGAUACUCUUGUCCAGCUUCAUCUCAAACCAGGCACAAGGUUACUUAAGAUGGCUCAGGGCCAGAAGACAGAGACUGAGCAUUAUGAAGAAAUUGAAGACUAUAAUUACAACAACCCUAAUGACACCUCCAACUUUUGCCCUGGAUUACAGGCUGCUGACAGUGAUUAUGAAGAGUCAGAUAACUUAUUUGUGGGACCAGCUGGGACCUUCGACAUCACAUCUUAUCCUUGUCAUCCAUCUAAGACAACACAAGAGAACAAUGACAAUCCUGAAGUCCAAGGAUUAGAUAUCACAACAUAUGGGGAGUCAAAUCUUGUAGCUAAGCCUCAGAAGGUGAAUAAAAUUGAAAUUCAGUAUGCCAAGACUGCCAAAAAGAUGGACAUGAAGAAGUUGAAGAAGAGCAUGUGGAGUUUGCUGACAGAGUUCUCCAGAAAGGAAACAGAUACAGAGGCAAACCACAGUGGAGCUGGAAAAGAAGGGGCCCCAGUGGAGGUGGCUGGCGAGAAGAUGCUCAGUGGGCUCACAAAGGACCUGCAGAAGAGCCUGCCCCCUGUUAUGGCUCAGAACCUCUCCAUACCUCUGGCUUUUGCCUGUCUCCUGCAUUUAGCCAAUGAAAAGAAUCUAAAGCUGGAAGGAACAGAGGACCUUUCUGAUGUUCUUGUGAGGCAAGGAGAUUGAGUUCACUGCAGAGAAGUCAGCAGCAGCAGGCCCAUCACUUGCAGUGGCCAGGACAUCCCUGCUCCGGGUGAAGGAAGAUGCGGUGGGCUUGUGGCAAGGCCGUGGCCGGCUACCAAAGUGCCAGUUUGUCUGUUUCUCUUCCCGGUCUCCAUUACUGUCUGGGUACCGCACUCUGAAGUCUAUCCUUGACUGAUUAGUUUCUGCCCUAUGGUGACCACCUAGGAGGGAAGCGGGUGGAGGGCAGAGUGGGUAAAGGUUCUGUUCUGGAUUAUGAAAACCUAUAUCCAUUCUCUAUAUUGAUGUAUAGUUUUAGUCUCCUAAAUUGAUGUUUGUUUUUCAAACUUUACUCUUGUAUAAAAUAAUUUUUCAGUAGGCACUUAAUGCUGUCCUUAAAGAGCAACCUAACCCAUGUACAUAAAAUACAUCACUUGUACACUUGUAAAUGUAUAUAUGAUGCUUAAAAAUAAAAUCAUUCUCAAUAAUA